AUGGCUUCUUCCGGCGACGACGCUGCUGCAUCCGAUGCGGCGAUGCCACUUGUUGAGCCUCAAGACAGCGCUCAGCAGACAGGCCAGGCCGACCAGGCACGACAAGCCCAGAAAACACAGACACCGCCGCCUGGCCCACAGGAAGCAGCCAUCGCCAAGGUCGAGCAGCUUCUGGGGGUCAAGGACGACACCUCGCGCUUUGUCGCCCUGGCGCUGCUCAAAGCUCUCCUCGACGACCAGGUGCGAGAAGCCGGGAGAGAUGGACAAGCGGGCGAAAUCUGCUCGCCACGGCUCUUGAAGCUGUGGGACGCCAUCCCUGUCAAGUUUCUCGACAAGCUGUUGCGCGCGGACCUCGAUGCGCACUCGACGCCAACAGUACCUCGGCCCGGAAAAGGCGGUGCCGACGCUGCGCAUAUGCGUGAUCUGGCCGUGGCCGUGCUGCACACGUUUGCCGUUCGAAUUCUGCCCGACGACCGGCGUGGAGACCGACGGCUUGUCGGCCGUAUCCCGCUGCUUGUGGCGUCGCUGCUCAAUACGCCAUCUUCAAGCGCGCCUCCGUCUGGCGCAAAUGCCGGCGCAGAGUCGGCCGCCACGCUCAUCCUGCAGUCCCUUGCGACACUUGUCAGCCGCCCUGAGGGUGCGGCCGUCUUCAACACGAGCGUCACCGACCUCAGCCCGCUGACCGAGCUGGCGCCCGAGCAGCCCUUGGUGCUGGAAAUUCUGCUUCGCGCCUGGCUGCAUGGCUUGCUGGCGGCAACCCACUCGGACGCCACGGCCGACGUCGACGCAAUCACAAGCACCAUCAACACGACGCUGCCCGCACUCGCCGCCGCCUUCAAAGGCACCGACGGGGUGACGCUGCUGGACUUUUUGGCCCGCUUGCUGCGCAAUGCUGAAGCGUUUGCCGAGCAGCAGCAGCAGCAAAGACUUCUUCCCGCAGCAAGCACAGCCUGGGUUGCACCCACCAUCGGAUUCAUUCGCCGCCUGGCUGCCAGCCGACCCACGGCUGCGUCUCGAGCGGCGUACACGCAUGCAUCCGCUGCCCUGUUACGCGCUUACCCUGCUGUGGCCUCCACCCUCUUGUUUGGCGAGGGUGAAGCCACGGAGAAGGCCGGCGGCAAGGCCUCGUUGCGCGAAGACAAACCCUUUGCCUACCUUCUCGUCAGCAUGCUCCUCGUCGACCUGCGCGCCACCCUCCCGAGCCUCCUCGCCCAGCUCAACAACCAAGACUACUACCCGGCCAAUGCGUCCCGCCUGGCGUCCGCCCUUGACAUUCUCUCCGCCUUCAUCGGUUACCUCGUGCGCAGUCUGGACGGCGACGGCGAGGAGCAGGACGAACUGCUCACCAUGUCCCUGACGCCGGACAACCUGCUGCGCCUGCGCAAGUCCAUGUCUGAAACGCUGUCGGUCACUGCCGAGCACCUGCGCGACCGCUGGGACGCUGCCGUCGCCGGUGCCCAAGGGCUGCACCCGGACGCGCGCACCGGGACGGACGACACGCGCACGCAUUCACUGGACACGGCGGGCCUGCCGCUGGCCUGGGACGCCGCCGCGUCCGAGACGACUGUCCACCGCGACCCGCUGGUGCUGGCGGCCGUGCGCGCGCUGGCGCUCUGGCUGCGCGAGGACGACAAUGACGUGCUGCGGCGCGAGGCGGCGGGCCUGACGGACAUGUUUCUUGACCUGUACAGCAGCAGCGGGUCAGCGGACGCCGGCAGCCUCGAUUUCCGCCGACCGGUGCUUGUCGCCUUUGAGGGCAUCUCGGCCUCGACUCCCGACGGCGGCCGUGGCGGAGACGCCGCGCGUGACGACGAUGCAUACGAGAGGGAUGCGACGGCGCUCUUUCUCGAGCAUGGCGCCUGGAAAAUUCUCACGGCAGAUUUGGUGACCAUUCUGCAGGGUCCUGCGUCUGCCGCCGACGCAGCGCGCGGCAUCGAGAUUGUCCGUGUCCUGCUGCCCAUUGUCGAAGACGAGCGCCCGGGCACCCAAGAGGCGUGGAUGGACGUUGUCACUCUUGUCGCUGCGUGGGCCGGGCCGAGCGACGAUGACGACGACGACAACGACGACGGCCAGCCUUCCCAUGCCGAUACCGCGGUUGCUGCCACCGUGGCCGAGUGCCGCGUGGCCGUUCUCCAGCUGGUCACCGCCCUCGUCGCCAACGCACAUCCGUCGGUGCGCCGCCGCUACACACACUCCAUCCGUGCCGUCAUUGGGCUGGCCAACCAGCUGCGACCGACUCUGGCACCGUCGCGAAUCGGGUCCUCGCUGAGCACAAGUUUAGUCGAGGCGCUUGACGAUGUGCAUGCCACACUUGAGCAGUGA